GAUCGCCGCGAACAUCGCCAACAGCGCGUGCGCGGUGCUGGCCCUUCUUCAGUCCAGGCAUCCUUUGGCUUCAGUUUUGGCGCUCUCGGUGCGCCUCCCACCAAACGAGCCUCGCUUCCUCCUCAGCCAUCCCCCCGUAAAACGCCAGUCCAGAGCACACCAAAGAGCACAAAUGGCUCGGCACAGCGUCCCAGGAGCGCGUCGCUUCAGCGCAGUACCGCAUCCAAACGCACGAGCACGCCAAAAGACAACACAGUGACCCCGCAGCUGGGCAAGAGAAAGCGGGGCUCGCCAAAUGCGCAGCCAGACGCGGCCGUGGGAGAAGAAGACGAGCUCAGCCCCGACCGCGAUGAGGUUGCGCGCUCGGCCGAGAAGGCCAGGAGAGUUGUGGGCACCGCCUCGCCCAUGCAGCAAGAGCAGGACAACGGGCCAGACGAGCUUUCUGUGCUGGACGAGGGCACCAGCAGCGUGCGCGAGACGGUAUUUGCCAGGUCUACCGUGAUGAAGCGGACACCCCCUCAAGCAACGGUACAACAGCGCGCGUCCCCAGGUAGCGUCACCCAACAUACGCCAACCGCAGGCGCAAAUGGAGCCACGUCAGCAAGGUCACGGCGCUCGACAUCAAGACGAUCCAAGUCGACUGAUCCGGUCCCCGCAACGCCCAGCCUACUUCCAAGCGGGCAGCCGAGAAAGUCUUUGGCUACCCGCAACAAGACCAGCCCCAAUACGCCAGCUGCAGCGCCAACCGAAGCUGGGAGUGAAGAUGAGCUUUCUCCACAAGCGGCUGUAGCUACGCCGCGUGUAGUUGGGAGCCAGAUGCCGUCACAGCAAACGCCACAGGAAGAGACGGACAUGGCUAUCGACGAGCUAUCUCCGCAGGUGGAACCUACUCAGAUAUCCCCAACAAGAUCGGAGCCAACCAUUACGCAAACACCGAACGAAGACUCUAUGGAGCAGGUUAGCGCACCACAGUCGAUCAAGCGUGCACGCGGCAGACCGCGACGAGUGAUUGAAGAGGACGUAGAAGAGGGAACCCCAAUAGCCGCUUCAGCUAAACACACAAGUCCGAGACGCAAUGAAGAGACUAGGGUUCAAGAGAGCGAGGCGCAAGACACACCAGUCACACGCAAGCCAACACAGAAGAAGAAGAAGAAGCAAGGCUCCAUGGGCGAGACCGCCGACGGAGAAGUUGAUGGUGUUUCUCCUGCUCAUGGAGAAGCGCAACGUGCAAAACAGAAAACCACCGUGGAAACAUGGAGCACGCGCGAAGCCUCGGCUGACGACGAGGACCCUGCGCCGGAAGAGGACGACCAAGUGGAGCCCGCGCCUCGGGCUGUGGCGAAGCGAUGUUCCCCUACCCUGGCACAGCGGGUCAAGCCAUCGACGGAAAAGCCACCUCGUAAACGUCAAAAGUACACUGGGCCGACGCAUACCAUUUCAGUGAUGCGCAUCAAGGGCUCGACGGUCCGGGGCAUCACCGCGGCAGACAUCACGCGCUCGAUUCUAGAAGAGAAUAUCGACCAUCGUCUCAGACGCAUGGCAGGAAAGCUGCAAAACGCCCAAGAUGCCGACAGGCGAAAGGAGCUCCGGAGCGAAAUCAACCUCUCCAUCACUUUCAAGGAGAGCCUAAGCGAGAAGCUGAUGGAUCUACAAGACGCCAACGACGUGCUAAGCUCAAACUUCCACAAGAUGAAGCUCUUGCGGCGUGCUAACGCCGACGUGCGCAAGGAGAUGCUUGCUCUCCAGAACAGUCGGCAGGAGAUUGCCCUGGAGCAAGACGACAUCCAGACACAGUACCACGCUGAGAAGGCCGAGGUGGACAGGCGGAAUCAGCUCAGCGACAGCAUGUUUGCGAUUGAGGCCGCGGUCAAGAAGGGCCGCGAAAAGGCGCGCAAAGAGGGCAGAGAAGAGGAGGGUCCAGACCUCCCGCUAAGCAUGCUGCUAGAGAAGGUAGCCGGGGCGGUGGGCUCACGUAGCGGUGGACUGUUGGCCAACGUCAAGGGCUUCAACGGGCUUCUGGAACGGGCUGCAGGCUGGCUGGAGGGGAGGGCGUGAUGGAUGGUCGACGGCGAUGUCUAGCGUGGCGGCGGCGUUUGGCACUUGAGUGCUUUCGGACACGAUACCCGGCAUACUGGCCACGCUCGAAAAU